AAACUCGGGGCCCGGGGAUUCGCGUCGCAGGCCGCCCGCCAUGCGCUUCCGCUUCGGGGUGGUGGUGCCGCCCGCCGUGGCUGGCGCCCGGCCAGAGCUGCUGGUCGUGGGGUCGCGGCCCGAGCUGGGGCGCUGGGAGCCGGGAGGGGCCGUGCUCAUGAGACCCGCGGGCACCGCGGCGGGCGCCGGGUCGCGGGCGCUGCAGGAGCCGGGCCUUUGGAUUGGGGAGGUGGAGCUGGUGGCCGAGGAGGCGGCGCAGGACGGGGCGGAGCCGGGACGCGUGGACACGUUCUGGUACAAGUUCCUGAAGCGGGAGCCGGGAGGAGAGCUCUCCUGGGAAGGCAAUGGACCUCAUCAUGACCGUUGCUGUACUUACAAUGAAAGCAACUUGGUGGAUGGAGUUUAUUGUCUCCCAAUAGGACACUGGAUUGAGGCCACUGGGCACACCAAUGAAAUGAAGCACACAACAGACUUCUAUUUUAAUAUUGCAGGCCAUCAAGCCAUGCAUUAUUCAAGAAUUCUACCAAAUAUCUGGCUGGGUAGCUGCCCUCGUCAAGUGGAACAUGUAACCAUCAAACUGAAGCAUGAAUUGGGGAUUACAGCUGUAAUGAAUUUCCAGACUGAAUGGGAUAUUGUACAGAAUUCCUCAGGCUGUAACCGCUACCCAGAGCCCAUGACUGCAGACACUAUGAUUAAGCUAUAUAAGGAAGAAGGCUUGGCCUACAUCUGGAUGCCAACCCCAGAUAUGAGCACUGAAGGCCGAGUGCAGAUGCUGCCCCAAGCGGUGUGCCUGCUGCAUGCGCUGCUGGAGAACGGACACACCGUGUACGUGCACUGCAACGCCGGGGUGGGCCGCUCCACUGCAGCCGUCUGCGGCUGGCUCCAGUACGUGAUGGGCUGGAAUCUGAGGAAGGUGCAGUAUUUCCUCAUGGCCAAGAGGCCGGCCGUCUACAUUGAUGAAGAGGCCUUGGCCCGGGCACAAGAAGAUUUUUUCCAGAAAUUUGGGAAGGUUCAUUCCUCCCUUUGUAGCCUGUAGCUGGUCAGCCUGCUUCUGCUGCCUCCUGAUUUCCCUGAGGAGCCUGGGGUGAUGUUGCUCAAAUGACCUAGAAACAAGGAUUCUACCUGAACGGAAAGGACUGUGUGACUUCCCCCAAGCCAACCACGUCCACCUGGGGAUGGCUUUCGAUGAUGCUUUGUUUUGGGGCUGUGUCUUUGAAAUAGUGUACAAGAAAGCUGUGACUGACACACGAGAAGAAGCCUGAAGCAGUUAGGCUGUGCGUCAGACAGAAGUGUAAUGCAUGCAGUUUCUGCUGCCUGCAGGCGGAGAGGCCUUUGAUUCACAGCACUGCAUGUGUUGCAUGAUGGAUCCAUGACAGCGCUUUCCUGUUGAACUGAAACUCUUUGCCAUGUAGAGGAAAACAUCGGGAGCCAUAUGGAUUUCAUCACCAGUGUGUGUGUGUGAGCUGGUCAGUUGCCAAGGGAGGAAAGAAGGUUAGAAGCCUGAACCAUGACAAAAGAAGAGCUCACUAUGUUAAAAAAUAAUGGCUUUUAGGAAUUGUAUUUUAUCCUGCCUCACGGUUAUUAAAGUCUGUUCUAAGGCAUCACCUUCCUUCUCUACCCAGCAACCCUGUGUAAUAACCAUUUGUUGUUUUUUCUUGCUCAAAACUGCCAAAUACAUAAAAAAUACCCUUAUUUUUAAUAGUUGAGACAUGAAGAAAUUAAAUUGAAGCUUAAUGAGUGUAGGUAACUUGCCCAAGGUCUCAUGACUAGUCGAGGGCGAGCUGGAGUUAAUAAUCUGUAUUUACUGGACUUGGUGCUUUUUUCAACACACCUUGUUAAUUUGUUUUCUCAGCAUCAUGGAGUGCGUUCGGUUUUGUCUUUCUCAGGGUCUGGUCGAUAUGCCUGCAGGAGUUUCUAUAGCGAGACACAGAAUCGUGUUCUGAUCCGUUGCCAAAGAAUCUAGGAAAGUGGUUGUAUUUUGUGCAAGCUAAUUUAAAAUGUGAUGGGCUGUUUUAAGGCCAGAAUGGAAGCUCAUGAGAGGAACUUUACUACUGAAAGAACCCCAGUGACCAAAUCCAUGGAUAAUUGAUUCACAGCCCCGGCCCUCCUGGCUUAGCCCUCAGUUUAGUAUAAUAUGCAGGUCCUGAGCCUCCAGACUAUGUAGCUCAUCUGUCUUGGUUCUACCGGAAAUACAGAGAUGAACAACUUUGCCUUCGAAAGUGUGCAGCCUAGAAACAGACCAGCGUUCAACCAGCUGUAAAGCAGGAUUGGACCAUGAGUGCUAUGCCAGAAUAGGGAGCAGUGGUUUUUUCAAUCGAGAGCCUGUAUGUACAAGGUGAUUUACAGUCAUAACCAGUUUAAUCUUCACAAUAGUCAGUGAAGAAGGUCUCAUUAUUUCCAUGAUAAAGAUGGGGAAACUAAGUCUCAGAGGGGUUAAAGCAACUGCCUGUUGUCACAUGAUGAAUAAAUAGAUGAGGUGGGUGAUAUACAAAGCUGGGUUUGUCUGACUGAAAGCCCAUCCUUUUCCUAUUAAACUAUGAUGCUUAUUUAUUUUUCUGCAUUUCCUUUCUUCUACAAACAUAUAUUGAUAGAUACAAGAGACUCUUAUUUAGGAGGUGUGGGGGACAAGAAGGAUACACGGUAAGUUUUGGUGGAGCUCAGAGGAGGGGAGAUAUCACUGUGGCAGUUAGGGAGGAUGACAUUUGCUUUGGGCAGAAGCAGCUGGACAGGACACAUUUCUCAUAUAAUUUUACGAAGUUAAAUUUAUAAGCUAGCAUGGAGUAAUGUGAAGUCCAGCUCCCUUGCUAAAAAUAACUAGAUGUAACAAUUGGUAUUCAAGUAACUCAUUGCAGUCAUAAUGUGUUGUGAAAAUUUAAUCUCAAAAAUUGAAUUUUUAAACUGUGUUUCUGUGGCUGUGUGAAUUUCUUUAAUGUCUAAGAAAUCCAUCUUCAUCAUUUCCAUGAUACAAAGACUUUUUUCAGAUGGAUUUUUCCCUUUGUUCCUUUUUUCUCCUAUAGACAAAAUCAGGUUAGGACUAUUAAUGAAUGUUUUGGAAUAAACUUUCUUUUCCUCAAUGAAUGGGAUGUUUAAUGUAUUUCAAAAUCACCCCAAAAUUUUGCUAAAUAAAAGCAUUUACAAAGAC